AUGCCUUUUCUUUUGUUUUCCAUUUGGGCUUCGUCAGUGGUAACUCUACAUGAGAAUGAACUGAUAGAAAAAACAACAGAAACGAGUGAAUCCCUCAGCAACGCGACAACAUUGCUUGAUACUCAAAAUCGGAGUUCUUACAAAACAGGAGAAGUAAUCUUCAUUUCGAUUGUGACAGGAUCUCUGAGUGUGGUAACAUUCGUCGGGAACCUUCUCGUCAUUAUCUCCAUCAAAAUAAACAGGCAAUUGCAAACUGUUAACAACUACUUCAUUUUCAGCUUAGCCUGCGCUGAUGUCACUGUUGGUGUAACGAUGAAUCUAUUCACCAUUUACACUCUCCUUGGCUACUGGCCUCUGGGUCCACUAGUAUGUGAUUUAUGGCUUGCUAUCGAUUACGUUGUCACCAAUGCAUCUUCCAUGAACCUCCUUAUCAUCAGCUUUGACCGCUACUUCUGUGUGACCAAACCCCUUAGCUACCCCGUGAGGAGGACACCAAAGUUUGCAGGCAUGAUGAUCGCAGCCGCUUGGUUGCUGUCAUUUUUUGUGUGGGCUCCUGCUAUUCUCUUCUGGCAGUUCAUCGUAGGGCAGCGGACAGUCAGUGAAGGAGAGUGUUAUAUACAGUUCUUCUCUAAUCCUGCUGUCACUUUCGGCACUUCAAUAGCUUGCUUCUAUCUCCCCGUCACUAUCAUGGUAAUUUUAUAUGUGUACAUAUCACGUGCUAGCAAAAGUCGAAUAAAGAUGGAUACAAAAGCGUCUGAAUCUAAUAAGGAACCAGUUUCUCCCAGCCCAGAGGUAGGUAACAUACUGAAAUCAAAUCAGAGCUAUAUAUCAGAUUCAUCUGAUGGGCUGCCACAAUUGAAAAUGCCAAAUGGUACAAUAAUUCAUGGAACAAAAUUCGAUCACUUUGGUGGAAGAGAGGAGGAGUUUUUCAGUGCCUCAACUCCUUCCAGCAUGAUUUCAUUAAACAGGAAGUCGGAAGGGUCUAUCCGUGAGAACGGAAAUGUCUGUAAUACGAUGGACUACUACAGACUAUUUCAUAUAAAGAUGGUUAAUCAAUCACAAAACAGUAGUUACCAUGGAAGCACACCAGAAUCCGUUGCAGAUCUUAGCAGCAAUGAUGGGAAGGAUCGAGAGAUCACAGAAACAAAUACAACGAGUAAAAGAAUCCAUACCACUGCUCAGAAGAGAAAGGUCACAGUAACCAGAGAAAUGAAAGUGACAAGGACCAUUUUGGCGAUUCUCCUAGUAUUUAUUAUCACGUGGUGCCCAUACAAUGUCAUGGUGCUCAUUCGUACAUUCUGUUCCAUCUGUGUUCCAAAGGCUGUUUGGGACAUCGGAUAUUGGAUAUUUUACAUCAACAGCACAAUCAAUCCAGCCUGUUACGCACUUUGUAAUGCUACUUUCAAGAAAACCUUCAAACAUAUUAUCUUGUGCCAGCACAAGAAAAUUGGUGCCAAAAGUUUAAAAAAGCAAAAACCAUCAGCAAAAUGUCAUGAGCACUCCUUGUAA